CGUCGCGUAGUACCAACGUGCUUGCCAGUCUUCGUAUACACCGCGAGUUGGUUAAUUCGUGAGUCGUCCGGAACGUAACGAUAAAAAAAUAAAAUUUGAAUGAUUUUCGAAUACUGUAAAUUCUAAAUUCUAAUUUCGAAAUUUGUUUUUUUUUUUAUAAAAUUUACUUAAGCUCUGGUGAUUUGUGUUUUGUUUUCUUAAGUUUUUUUAGUUUACGGUGUUGCGGUUUUCGGAAUGUGUAUGAUGGUUUAUUGUGAUGUUAAAGUGAACUGGUGAGCGACUAGCGGGAAAAUUCUUAAUUUUCCGAUUACUUCGGUUCGAGUUACUGCAGGCUGUGAGGGGUCAACGGGUUCGAGAUGACUACAGACAACCCGUUAAACUCUCAACGGGUGUUCAAGAAGUCAUCUCCAAGCAACAAGUUGACAUUGUACCUGGCGUCAAGAGACCUGAUAGUAGAAAAUGGAACCAUCGACAAGAUACAGGGCGUGCUACACAUCGAACCUGACCAUUGGGAUCCGAAUAAGAAGCUCUAUGGACAAGUCACGCUAACUUUCAGAUACGGCAGAGAAGAUGAGGAGGUGAUGGGGUUGAAGUUCUGCAACGAAGCAAUAAUGAGUCUUGCACAAGUAUACCCGCUGCACUGUACACACGACCGAGAACCAAAUACUCCUUUACAGGAUGCACUAGUAAAGCGGUUAGGAGCCUACGCAUUCCCUUUCCAUCUGGAGCUGACACCUCUAGCGCCACCUAGCGUGCAGCUGGUACCAGCCAAGCAGUAUCAUGGAGCCCCAAUAGGAACAUCGUAUGAUGUACGAGCCUACAUUGCGGACCGGGCAGACGAGAAGGUGUCGCGAAGGAACAUCGUCCGGAUGGGUAUACGCGUGAUGCAGGGCACAGGGAGGCCGGCGAUCGCUGCGUCGUUGCCCGUGACGUCACCACACCACACCCUGAAAGCGCUGGCGCAUCACAACGUGCUCAGGCUCAAAAACAAAUCCAAGUCGGAAACCGAGGGGAAUUGUAGAACCAAGGCGGCGGAAAUCGAGAACGUCGAGCCUGCGCCGCCUCGGGCCGUAGCCGAAAAACCGUUUUUACUCUCCGAUGGCAGGGUGGAGUUAGAAGCUUGGCUGGACAAAGCAACGUACUCCCACGGUGAGCCGAUCAAAGUGAACGUGGUUAUAACGAAUCAUUCCUCGAAGACUGUGAGACGGAUAAAGACUCUGGUGGUGCAACACGUGGACGUGUGCAUGUUCUCCAAUGGGAAGUUCAAGAACGUAGUGGCAAUCGUCAAAUGUGGAGGCACGCCUGUUGUUCCGGGACAAAUACACACAGACACAUAUACACUCACACCGCACAGAGGAGUUACCAAAAACUGGAUAGCACUAGAAGACUCCUAUUCAAAAUCUGGCGCAAGUCUUGCAUCAACAGUAGUAUGUAAUAAUACUCCUGAAGACAGAAACGUGUUUGCAAUUUACGUAUCUUACUAUGUGAAAGUUAAACUUACCCUAAGUGCCAUGGGAGGAGAAGUUUCAGUGAAACUUCCAUUCAUUUUGACACAUUCGUGCAUCAACGAAGCACCUACAGACAGCGUCAUAGAAGAAUCAACACCAAAAAUGAUUUUAGAAGCUAAAGAAAACAGUGAGGAUGAAGACAGCAAAGCAGAAACGGAAAAAGAUAAACAAAAUAAUAAUGGCAUUGAGGAUAAACAAGAAUCUGCUUUGGGUGAUGACGCUGAAGUUAAGUCACCAGAAGACCACCGUUGCGUUGCCGAUGUUCUAGUCAAUAUAGAAAAUAAGAUUGACAGGCCUAAGAAAUUUGAAGGCACUGAAGUCAGGACAGUGAAACCUAAUGAAGCAGAAUUGGACCUUAUAGUAAAAUACCAAGGGUCAGAUACGUGAUCCGACGAGGACGGUAACAUACCAAGCGAUGCAAAGACUGAAGAAAUGAAGGCUCCCGAAGCAAAAAUAUGCAAAGCAGAGGUCCAAAAUACAAAGUGUGGUUUCACUGAAAAUCUUAAAAGAGCUGUUUGUUGUAUAGAUAGAAGACGACAGUCGUAGUUUGUAAAGAACCUGUGUAUAUAUGGAAAAAUAUUUUAUAUAAGUAGAUUGAUAUUAUGUCUUUAAUGCCUUUACUACGUCAAUGUUAUGAAAAUGAAAGAAACUGUUUAUAUUGCUAAAGGUUUUAUCACAUUUAAUACAAGAUCAAUUUUGAAAUUUUCUGUAAUCGACGAGAAGCAAAAUAGAAUUUGAUUGAGAUUUACUAAAGGAGAUUGCUCAGCUUCCAUACAUGUUUGGCCUAAAGACCAAUAAUCGUGAAAAAUUGUUUCCUAGAUUCGAAAUUAUAUAGAAAUUACUGUAGAAACGAAUAUUAUUGACGGACACCCCUGAGAACUUCUAUAAACCAUAUACACUGAACAUAUUAAAUAAUAAAAAACAAAUAAGUUAUAUAGUAAACUAGGGAAAUCAAGUCAAGUACCGAAAUUAUGGAUUAGAUUCAGGUAUAUAGAGCAUGUACAUUAACAGAUAGUUGCCUGUUUUUAAAAUUAAUGCAUAAGAGUAACUUUUAAAAUCAGGUGACAUUUCCGGUUAUAAUAAAGUAUUCUGUAACAGAAACUGAGUGAUGAUUGUGAAUGAGCCACAGAUUAGAGAGAAUUUUUAAACUCUCGUUAACCAAAGAAAGCUAAGAGAUUUAGGUUCUAUAGUAUAUAUUCAGUAGCUUCAUUAUUUUUGUUAUGUUUUUAAGAUAACCAUAUUUUAGAUUUUUAGUGUAUCACACCUUAUAAUUUUAUUUAUUUAUUAAUUUAUAGUCAGGGAACGCAGGCUCAUAGAUAGAUACCUUAAAGUUUAACAUAUAUACAGAUUAUAAUGUAUUUAUGGAGGUGUUUGGCGAAAAAUGUAUGGCAAUAGACUUUAUGAUGUCGCCUACCAUCUAUAAUAAUUGUCUGAGCACAUUUGCAUCUAGUGAAAAUUAUAAUAUAGUUGUGGAUAUUAAUACCACAGUGUAAUAAAAAAAAAUCGAUCUUUACAAAAUAGAUUUGUUUUUAUGUUAUAUAAACAACUUCGAUCAGUCUUUGACUGAAUGUUACUACACCCAUAGCCAUUAAAAAUGAUUCGUAUGUUUUCCAAACCGUUAAAAUUCAAAGUCCUUUUUAAAGUAAAUAUAUUAUACAAAGGUGUCCGUUGAAAUCUAAUGACUGUAAAUUAAAUUAUAAAUUACGCCAAGAAUUACCGUGUAUGUUAAUAUUUUUUGUGCAUUUAGGCCAAUUUGAGCAAUCUCCUUUAUUAUUAUGAUCCAGUAUUGUAUGUGUUAAUAUAUCAAUAUUAAAAUGUUGGCAUCAACGCAUUCCAGGCUAUAAAUAAAAUUCAAUUAAAUUUAUGUUGGUUAUGUUUUGUUUUAACUAUUUAUGUGACCUUUUUACAAAAUUCUUGUCCACACAUCAGUAUUUUAAUUUGAAUUGAAGUUUCUAUUUUUUAUAAUAUUGCAUAAAUAAUAGUAAAAAAAAAUCUUUAGCACUUGAUGCAUUUCCGUCGAUAUUUGUUAAACAUUUUCAUACAAAAUUUUAUUCAUAGUAAUAUAUGAAAGAAACAAUAAACUUUGGGCCUUUUUUAUUUUUUUACUAACAUAAAUAUUUUGACACUUUAAGUUCCUUAUUUUAAGUUCCAUUGGAAUAUUCCAACGCACUCCAAGUCGCGCAGAAAAAUCGUGAAAUCGUCGAUCAUGAAAUAAUAACUGAAAAAAUGUUUUCAUUGAUACUGUGGCAUUAUUUAUUUUUUCUUCUUCAGGCUAAAACCAAUUUAGGAGUUCCAACAACAAAUAAUCUUAUCAGAUAUAAGAGCCACUGUUCAUUUUACCAAGAAUUAUUCUGUAAGUAAAACGGUGAAAUUUUAUGUUGUAAAUAAAAAAACAGGAUGGACGUCGUAAUAAUCGUUUUUGCUAGUUCCCAAAUUUAUAAGAACUUAUAAUUUUCGAUACUUUUCGGAUUUUUAUUUGCAAAAAAGGACUCCAUUGACAAAAGACGUCCUCUACACUGCAUUAUGUAGUACUGAUAGAUGUUGUACUCGUGUCCAAAAUCCGUUAAUUAAGUGUAUAAGUAAGUACCAUUAGGUAGGUCUCAAGACUUAGCUGGUGUCACGAAUAAGCCUGAAUGGAUGAUACGCUUACUAAAAUCUAAAGUGUUUUUAGAAUAAUUAUAAAUAUGAAAUAAAAAUCAUUAUGUGCAAUUUUAUGAACAUUUUUUAAAUCGUAUAACUCUGUCUGGUCAUGUUUAGUUUAUGUAUAUUGUAUUUAUGUAGACAUUUAAAAAAAUAUUAUAUCCUCUGUGAUGGGUAA